GUUGUUUCAGUUCACUGUAACAUCAUAGCGAAAAACUAAGUGCCGGUGAAAAGUGAAAACCGUAACAAUGACUCUAAUAAUUUUAACCGUAACAUUUUUUAUUUGUCUUGGCUAUAGUGUAUACCAACACUUUACCAAGUUCAAUGACUAUUGGAUCAGAAAGAAAGUGCGCGGACCGAAACCUACUUUUUUCUUUGGGAAUAUCAUGGAUUCCGUUUUGCGAAAGAAACCAGUUGGAGUUGUGUUUAAGGAAAUAUACGAUGCCUAUCCAGACGAGAAAGUCGUCGGGUUUUUCAGGAUGCGCUCUCCGGAUCUGCUUGUAAGAGAUUUAGAUGUCGUAAAAUGUGUGUUGAUUAAAGAUUUCCAUAUAUUUACUGAUCGCGGAAAGGAAUUCAGUAAGUCGGGGUUCGGAGCGAACUUGUUCCACGCAGACAGCGCCACCUGGCGGGUGCUGCGAAAGCGAUUUUCACCAAUGUUUACAUCUGGGAAAUUGAGGAAUAUGAUGUAUUUAUUGACGGAACGUGGAGACAGGUUUGUGAAGUAUAUUGAUAGGAUAACACAAAAGAAUACAGAGCAGGAGAUCCAUGGACUAACGCAGAAGUUCACUCAAUCUGUCAUAAUUGCUUGUGUCUUUGGGUUAGACCUUGACACAUUUGACGACCAGCAGCACGAAACCCUUCAAGCCCUUCAAUGGAUCGACAAAAAGAUCUUUAGCGUGAAAUAUGGCUCCGAGCUCGAAAGCAUGUACCCAGGUAUUUUAAAGAAGAUUGGAGGCUGGUUUCUUGACGAAGAAGUGAAGAAAUUCUUUUCCAAAUUAAUCAAAGAUGUGAUUGCUAUGAGAAAUGGGCAGCCUUCUAACCGACAUGACUUUAUGGAUCUGCUUUUAGAGUUAAAAAAAGAAUAUGGACAUGGACAGAGUGAAGCAAAUACAUUGGAUAUGACUGAUGAAGACAUAGCGGCUCAAGCAUACAUUUUCUAUGCUGCAGGGUAUGAAUCUAGUGCUUCCACCAUGGGGUUCUUGCUAUACCAGUUAGCUUUAAACCAGGAUAUACAAGAGAAACUAUAUGAAGAAAUAAAGGAAGCCUUAGAACGGACGGCCUUAGAUGGAGAGAUGACUUAUUAUGCUAUCAUGAAUCUGUCAUACAUGGAAAAAGUCUUCAAUGAGACAUUGCGGAUGUAUCCGAUCAUCACCAAACUGAAGCGAAGAGCUAAAACUAGUUAUAAGAUUCCAGAAACUGAUAUAACCAUUGAUAAAGGCCAGUUGAUCAAGAUUUCGGUCCUCGGCAUACAUCAUGAUGAGAAAUACUACCCGAAUCCGGAGGUGUUCGACCCGGAGAGGUUUUCUCCGGAGAAUGUGCAAGCAAGACACAAAUGUGCUUUCCUGCCUUUUGGAGAAGGACCGAAGCAGUGUAUUGGUAUCCGCUUCGCACAAAUGCAGUCUUGGGUGGGGCUGGCCAAGCUGCUCCACCGCUACAGGGUGGAGCCUUCAGGGAACACUCCGCACCGCUUCACAUAUGAGCCAACGAGGGUCGUGCUGUAUCCGAAGGAUGGGUUCCCCAUUAAUAUUGUCAGAAGAGAAUAGUUUUCUACUAGGUGACAUUUUAGGUGACACAAGAUCACACAAGAUAUAUGUGACGUUUUAAAGCAAAAGGUACCACAUUGUCGCUUAUCGAUAAGGUUGAUUUCAAAUUGAAACUAUAUUUGUAAUUGUAAUAGCGCCUUAUUGACAACCGACAAUAAGUACCCUUUUGGUUUAAAAAGACACAUAUAUGUACGAGAUUGUACCUACUCAUUGUUAUGAUCAAUAAUAUAAUAUACAACAAGCAACUACCUUAUAGUAGUAUAGUUGUUAUGAGCAACUUUAAUAUGGAACAUCUGAUAAUUUUCGAAUUUAAACUGUUGUGAGACAUACUAACAUUAAAUAAUUUCACGGUUUAGACUCACUUGUUUUAGUCACUCGCGCGA